AACCGUCCAGUGUUAGGGGAAUGAGAGCGCACCGCAGUAACUAAGCUGCAACCUUAAGAUUUGACUCACCAGCGUUAUGCUUGGUGUGCAAUAGAGGAUGCAUUGUGCAAAUGGAUCUAGCAGUCGAUGUUCCAACGAGUCGUGACAACUGCCUGCAGAGUUGAUCUUCCGGAGCUGAGUGGGGAGUCUGGGGACAAACCUUGGGCCGGAGCUUUGACCACUUCGUCAUUUGGCCCAGUUCCGUACGGAUAUUGAAUCUGUGACCCACAACGAUCGUAUCAAUCAGUUCAUACUAGAAGGGAACCAAUUGCCUAAUAUUAAACUCUCUUCUUCGACAACCGUGUCCGAUUCUGCAGGACGUCAAGCGCUUCUGGCGUGUUCCAACAAUCAUGGCGUCCCAACCAGCCCCAGCUAAGAGGCAACAGGACCUCCAGGUUCAAUAUACCACUUUCAAAAACACACUACAGCAGCUUGCGCAGAAGAUUGGUGACGUUGAGCAAGAAGCCGAGGAGCAUAAACUUGUCCUUGAAACCUUGGAACCCCUUCCUGGUGACCGCAAGUGCUUCCGCAUGAUAAAUGGCGUUCUGGUGGAGAGGACCGUCAAAGAUGUCAUCCCGGCUCUCCGCACAAAUGCCGAAGGCCUGAAGAAGGUCCUUGAUGACCUGGUUAAGCAAUACAAGGUCAAGCAGGACGAGCUUGAGAAGUGGAAGAAGAAGAACAACGUCCAGGUUGUGCAAUCAUGAGACCUCCCACUCGGGCAAGGGUUCAAGGAGCCACCCUCCAGAUGCGUGUCAUCCGGAAACUCCACGGGUGUGGCCAACUUGUGCACAUUCAGCAGAGGGGAAACAGCAUCUUGGAAGACAGCAUCAUGGAAGACAGCAUCAUGCAAGUUACCUUGGUGCCCUGGCCCCCUACACGGCACCUUGGUUGG